GUGAGACUCGCCGCUUGAGUUCGUCAUCAUCCAUCUUGUAGUUGUGCUAAACUCAAAAUGUCAGUGUUUCAUGACGAGGUGGAGAUUGAAGACUUUGAAUACGAUGAAGAAACCGAGACAUAUUACUACCCCUGUCCAUGUGGUGAUAGAUUUGUUAUUUCUAAAGAAGACCUAGAAAAUGGUGAAGAGGUUGCCACAUGCCCUAGCUGUUCCUUGAUAGUACGAGUUAUCUAUGAUAAGGAAGAGUUUAUGUCUGGAGAAAUAAUAGAAUCACCUAAUGCAAACAAAGUAAAACUGGUACAGAGCUGAUUACAGCACAGUCCUCUGCUGUCUUCGCUGAUGAAGGGAGACUGGUUGGAACUGGGAGGACUAUCACUGCAGGCCAAUGGAAUUGCUUGUCUGUGACUAUGGCUGUAUUAUGGUGUUAAAUGAGAAAUGACUCGAGAGUCUAGACAGAAGUUUUGGCCAUAUCUGCCCGUCCACUAAAGAAUGAACAUAACAUCGAGCAAAUGCCUCAUGGGUUCAUCUAGUGCACUGGAUCUUUUUAAGUUUACCUGUGCAAGUUUACGUGUGCAAUCCAGUUAAAAAAAAAUUAGUUAUAUUUGUCUCAGCAAAUGCUACCAAUUACAAGCACACGCAAUUGCUGCCAUGUGUUCUGAAUAACCCUGUAUGUCAGUUUCACAAUGUGCAAUACUGUUGAUCUGACAGACCUUGCAGAGGGAUGGUAAUAGGGGUUCAGUUGGUGGGUGCAUCUGUAUCCCAAGAUGUGGCACAAAUUACUGGUACUGAUGUUUCAGAAGUGAAUUGGGCGUUUUUGAGAACAGACUUCCAGCUCUGGAAUUAUCGAAGAAAGUCACUGAGACAUGGUCAUGUACCCCCACGGAACGAUUUAAACAUCACACAGACUUAUCGGCACAUAUCUUCAAAGUGCUUCUUAUAUAUUAUAGUAAGUUUAGAAAAUUAUAUAUAUUACAGAAAGAAUACCGUUCUGUAUACUCACAGUACAAAAU